UGUCCGUCUGGAGUCACAGAGGAGCAGGGCUGGAGCUGCAGGGCCAUGAAGUUUGUGAAUGUGUGUCAUUUAAACCCUUAAAAGGACAUUUCAGACUAAAGACUGAGGUCCAAACGCAUCCAGAGCCAAAGGAAAACUCAUCUAGGACUAAAAAACCAGGCUUGGGACACUGUGCGUUCCCGGAUGGAGACGGAUUUAACUCCAGACAUGGAAACACGGCAGGGAAAGACGACCAGUGAGAAAGAUGGUUCCACAGCUGCAGAGGACAGUCCAGACUUGGCCAAAGCCAUUCUGGCCCAUCGUUUCUACCCUCCGGUCAUCGGGUCAGAGGCCUGGGAGGGAUACACGUUUUCAGACCUGGAGAUCCGGAUUAAAGAGUCCACAGAUUUCUACGGAGCGGUGCUGUGGCCUUCUGCGAUGGUCUUAUGUCACUUCUUGGAGGAGAAUCGGGAAAGUUACAACCUGGUGGAUAAAAACGUGAUUGAACUUGGAGCCGGGACUGGACUGGUCACGAUCGUGGCCAGUCUGUUAGGAGCUAAGGUGACCUCCACUGACCUUCCUGAUUUGUUGGGGAACCUUCAGUACAACGUAACGCGGAACACAAAGACGGGGUGCAGGUACAUCCCUCUGGUGCGUUUGACCCAUGUUCCUCUUUAUACAGUCACUGAACUCUCCUGGGGCCCACAGGUGAAGGAGCGCUUUCCUCAUAACACACAUUAUUUUGACUACAUCCUGGCGGCGGACGUGGUUUACGCUCACCCGUUUUUAGACGAGCUGCUGGACACGUUUGACCAUCUGUGCAGAGAAAACACGGUGAUCUUAUGGGCCAUGCGCUUUCGACUGGACCCAGAGAACAGUUUUGUGGGUCGGUUUCAGGAGCGUUUUCACCUGGAGGAGCUGUACGACCUGCCCACUCUGAGCAUUAAACUGUACCGCGCCCGGAAGAGAGACCCGCGCACCUGUGGAGUUUAAAGGCCCUAUACUACACAAAACUGACUCUUGUGAACUUUAAACUGUGUUAGAACGUCGUUACGUCCUCAAAAACAGACCUGGAGCUGUGUUUUAUUUCAUUUACACCUUUGAGUAACACUUUAUUAUUAGUCUGUUACAUCUUCAGUUCAAAAACGCUCUGAGAUUGGCAACUCCAGGAGCUGAAAUGAUCCAAACGAUUCAAGAAAUGAAUAUGUAUAGAGUUUAAAAACACAGUGGAGCACUUCCUGUAUUACCAAUUGAUGACAUCACAAGGUGGAACAGGGAGGUUUGUGUGUUAAACGUGAGUUAAACUUGUGAGAAUGAAACAAAACACAGCUCCAGGUCUGUUUUUUGAUGAGGAAACGACAUUAGACCAGAUCAGAAACAGUGUAAUAUGAGCCUUUAAUGACUUUGUUUACAUUUUGACUUCAUGAAAACGUCCAAACCUCGUCUCCUGACCAUUUGUUACAACAAUCAACAUAUUUUUUGUGUAUUUAUUUGAUUUAAAAUAACCGCACUGAUGUCUGACUGUCUUUUUUAUGGCCCGUUUGACUUUGGACACGUCGCUUUAUCCUCUGCAUUUUCUCGUCUUAUAAACCAACCAGGUUUUUUGCUUGGUUUUCCUCCAAAUCGCAGCAUCAAAACUUUAUUUAUUCUCCAACCCUCGUCUGAACACGUCUUAACAAACACAAAUUUACCUCCAAAAUGACCUGUGUCCUCCUCAACAUCUCCAGCUCUGCUCCCUCUGUGAAUCCUCUGUGACGUUAAACUUAAAUCCUCUGUGACGUUAAACUUAAAUCCUCUGUGACGUUAAACUUAAAUCCUCUGUGACUUUAACCAUAACUGUCACUGGUUCUUGUCUUAAAUGUUGCCUGGAUACAGCAUUUUUUCCAUUGAUCAUUAAAAUCACUUAAGACACGUUUUAAUCGUCUCUGUCUUUGAUAAUCCACAGUGACCCACAGGUUUGGCGACGUGAUUCC